AUGUCUCAAGCCUUGCUCAACGAGGUCCAUUCUGAGACUCUUCAAACGUUGCUGACGACCGUUAGAGCCGAGACGUCGCCACCCGGCAGCACCGGAAUCACUGCUCUCGAUACUCACCUCCUCUACACCGCCUCUCACCACCCUUCUUUCUUGUCCUCAUUGCAGAGCGGCGAUGUGAUAGAGCUGCAGGCACCCUCCGCCUCUGGAAAGAGCCAUCUCCUUCACGAGCUCAUCGUCGCAUGUCUUUUACCGCUCGAUAUGAGCAUCAGCUCUAGUUUCUCCCUUCCGUCGAACAGAGUCGCAGUGGUCUAUGACACCGAUGGGACGUUCGACGUACGGCGGCUGGCGGUGGUUCUGCGCCGUUGUCUAGAGUCUAGGCUGCCUCUACGCAUGCGAGACCCGGAUUUAACGACCAAUGCUGUUACACAUAUCCUGUCUCUUGUUCAUAUUUUUCGUCCCUCGUCAUCUCUUCAACUAGCUGCCAACUUGCGUGCUCUGCCAGCCUGGCACACGCUCAAUGCGCCUACUUCGGAAAUCACGCUUGUUGCCAUCGACUCUAUGAGCGCUUAUUACUGGCCAGAUCGCUUUACCGCUGAGCAAAUGCGCUCCUACACUUCAUCCGGACCCGUGAAUGCAGGAUCGACACACCCUUCACCAAGUGCUCAUAACCCUCUUCAUCAUAUUCUCACUUCUCUAGAAGCACUUCGCGUCUCUCAUGCACCAGUCCUCAUUCUCACGAACUGGGGCCUUAACCCACUCAAAACGCCGCCGUCCUCGGAACCGCAGCUCUUCAAACAACAUCUCCAUCCAUUCCCAACGGUCUCUUUACAGUUGACUAUACCUGAAGGCUAUCUGCCUUUGUCCCACCAUAUAACCCUUCAGGCCUCGCGCGUGGCCCAAUCCCAACCAAGUCCGCCGUUGUCCGUUAUCGCAGAGUCAGAGGACACUCAAUCUAAGACCGUGGUCGAAAUUUCCGGGAUGACUUUCGAUGGCUUCGAUAGAUGA